GCGUGGGCGCGGCCCGUGACACGCCGUGCGCGGGGCGGAUGUCCGGGUCGGCUGGGCCCUCGGACGAGAUGGCGGAAGGCGGAGGCUGCCGUGAGCGACCGGAUGCGGAGACCCAGAAGUCCGAGCUCGGGGCCUUAAUGAGGACCACACUCCAACGGGGGGCGCAGUGGUAUCUUAUUGACAGCCGGUGGUUCAAGCAGUGGAAGAAGUAUGUGGGCUUUGACAGCUGGGAUAUGUACAAUGUAGGUGAACAUAAUCUGUUUCCUGGCCCGAUAGACAACUCCGGACUCUUUUCAGAUCCCAAGAGUCAGACCUUGAAGGAACACUUAAUUGAUGAACUGGACUAUGUAUUAGUUCCAACAGAGGCCUGGAAUAAAUUACUAAACUGGUAUGGCUGUGUAGAAGGCCAGCAGCCCAUUGUCAGAAAAGUUGUGGAGCAUGGCCUUUUUGUCAAGCACUGCAAAGUUGAGGUGUAUUUGUUGGAACUGAAGCUCUGUGAGAAUAGCGACCCCACCAAUGUGCUGAGUUGCCAUUUCAGCAAGGCAGACACUAUUGCAACCAUCGAGAAGGAGAUGCGGAAGCUGUUCAAUAUCCCUGCGGAGCGUGAAACACGGCUCUGGAACAAAUACAUGAGCAAUACCUAUGAGCAGUUGAGCAAGCUAGACAAUACUCUCCAGGAUGCUGGGCUAUACCAGGGUCAGGUGCUAGUAAUUGAGCCUCAAAAUGAAGAUGGCACAUGGCCCAGGCAGACCCUGCAAUCAAAUGGAUCUGGCUUCUCUGCUUCGUAUAAUUGUCAGGAGCCACCAUCAUCUCAUAUACAACCUGGGCUUUGUGGACUUGGAAACCUGGGGAACACCUGCUUCAUGAACUCCGCUUUGCAGUGCCUGAGCAACACCGCACCAUUGACCGACUACUUUCUCAAAGAUGAGUAUGAAAUCGAAAUCAACAGAGACAACCCUCUGGGGAUGAAAGGGGAAAUUGCAGAGGCCUAUGCAGAACUCAUUAAGCAGAUGUGGUCUGGAAGGGACGCUCACGUGGCACCUCGCAUGUUCAAAACCCAAGUGGGACGUUUUGCCCCUCAGUUUUCUGGCUACCAGCAACAAGAUUCUCAGGAGCUGUUAGCCUUUCUUCUGGAUGGAUUGCAUGAAGAUCUGAACCGAGUAAAGAGGAAGCCCUACCUGGAACUGAAGGAUGCCAAUGGGCGGCCAGAUGUGGUGGUGGCAAAAGAAGCCUGGGAGAAUCACAGGUUAAGGAAUGAUUCUGUGAUUGUGGACACUUUCCACGGACUCUUCAAAUCUACUUUGGUUUGCCCAGAAUGUGCUAAGGUUUCUGUGACCUUUGACCCAUUUUGCUAUCUAACUCUCCCAUUACCCUUGAAGAAAGAUAGAGUUAUGGAGGUCUUCCUGGUUCCUGCUGACCCUUACUGCAGACCUACCCAGUACCGUGUGACUGUGCCGUUGAUGGGGGCUGUGUCUGACCUGUGCGAGGCUCUCUCCAGACUGUCUGGCAUUGCUGCAGAAAAUAUGGUGGUCACAGAUGUGUAUAAUCACCGGUUCCACAAAAUUUUCCAAAUGGAUGAAGGUUUAAACCACAUCAUGCCCCGGGAUGACAUUUUCGUGUACGAGGUCUGCAGCACUUCCAUGGAUGGCUCUGAAUGUGUCACACUUCCAGUCUACUUCAGGGAGAGAAAGUCCAGGCCAUCAAGUACUUCCUCUGGGGCAGUGCUCUACGGGCAGCCACUGCUGGUUUCUGUCCUCAAGCACAAGCUAACUCUCGAGUCUUUGUAUCAGGCUGUUUGUGAUCGCAUCAGCCGCUACAUAAAACAGCCUUUGCCUGAUGAGUCUGGCAGCUCGCUCUUGGAGCCAGAGGCCUGCAAUGGCUCCAAAACCAGCUGUGUAGGAGAAGAUGAGGAAGAAAUGGAGCAUCAGGAAGAAGGCAAAGAGCAGCUUUCAGAAACAGAAGGCAGUGGGGAAGAUGAGCUGGGAAGUGACCCCAGUGAGACCACUCAAAAGAAGGUCAAAGGCCAGCCUCACCCAAAAAGGCUUUUUACCUUCAGUCUUGUGAACUCCUAUGGGACAGCUGACAUAAAUUCACUUGCAGCUGAUGGAAAACUACUUAAACUCAACUCUCGAUCCACACUCGCCAUCGAUUGGGACAGUGAGACUCGCAACCUUUACUAUGAUGAGCAGGAAUCUGAGGCCUAUGAGAAGCAUGUGAGCAUGUUGCAGCCUCAGAAGAAGAAGAAGACAGCUGUAGCCCUGAGAGACUGCAUUGAGCUCUUCACCACUAUGGAGACUCUUGGGGAGCAUGACCCUUGGUACUGUCCCAACUGUAAGAAGCAUCAACAGGCCACAAAGAAGUUUGACCUGUGGUCCUUGCCCAAGAUCCUGGUGGUCCACCUCAAACGGUUCUCCUACAACAGAUAUUGGAGGGAUAAGCUCGACACAGUAGUGGAAUUCCCCAUCAGAGGUCUAAACAUGUCCGAGUUUGUCUGUGACCUGUCAGCAAGGCCUUAUGUGUACGACCUCAUUGCUGUGUCCAAUCAUUAUGGAGCCAUGGGUGUUGGCCACUACACUGCAUAUGCGAAGAACAAAUUGAACGGGAAAUGGUAUUACUUUGAUGACAGCAAUGUGUCCCUGGCCUCUGAGGAUCAGAUAGUGACGAAAGCAGCCUACGUGCUAUUUUACCAGCGCCGAGAUGAUGAUGAGUUUUACGAGAUGCCUUCACUCAGCAGUUUUCCCAGUUCCUCUGAUGGAGGGACACGACUAGGCAACUCACAGCAGGGCUUGGGGGAGGAUGAGGCAUGCAGCAUGGACACCAACUGAUGCUGACUCUGCAACCUUGCCACCCUGCAGCAUCAAUGUAAUCCCCCAGGAUCUUUGACAUUCUGCAAAUUACUAGUGUUCAAUCUAAAAAACAGAUGAGGAAAUUCCCUUUUAUGAGCAGAAGGAAAAAAAAGAUCCUGUUUGCUCAGAAGAAUGAUGUCAAGAGACUGAAUUAUUUCUUUUUAAACAGGUGGUGAGAAAUUUCUGUAAAACCUAUGAAGCUGAAAAGUGGGGUGGGUGGGGUGGGAGUGCACAAUGGAGUAUGUCUGAUGCAUUCCAAAGAAUGGAGAGGGACACACUGUAACUGAGUAUGGUGCAGCCAUGAAGACCUGCCUGCGGAGCCACUCUGCACUCCUAGAUUUUUGGUUCUGGUGCCUAUAUUGUUCCCUGCAUUAGUCUGCUCACAGUAAAUGGAGCCAUAAGUAAACAUGGUAUUCUCCCCUUCUCCCUUGC